UGGACUAGGUGAAACCACGGUUUUGUAGACCCUGUUAAAGGAUCGACUUAACCUUCUUCUGCCUUUCCGGAAAUUUCUACUUAUAAAGGAAACAACCCGAGGUUGCCAUGGAAAGACGCAGAGGAAGCGGUUGGCGUUACUAAGAAGAGGCGCGGAGUUAAAGAGGCUACUAUCAAGAUGAAAUUUCCAAGCCAGUGAAUCCAGAGCCAGACUGCGACCCUAUAAAGCAUGAUCUCCUUCUGUCCACACUGUGGCAGAAAUAUUGAAGCAGCUUUCAAAUUCUGCCCCUACUGUGGAAAACCUUUGCCUACUGAGGAGCAUGCUGCAUCCCAGACCUCUGCCAAGCCACUUGAGUCGUCCUUCCGAGGCUCAAGGAGAGAACUGAGUUUCAGUUCUGAAGUUCCUCCCAAGAAAGUAAAGUGGUCAAGUACUGCCACCCCUCCCAAAUCAUCCCUCCUCGUGGAUGGUGACAAUACUGAGUCUGAAGAUACCUUGAAUUCCCCUGAGAGACUCAAAGGGGCCUGCAGAAGACCCCCGACCCCCAAAAGCAGCCCACAGUCUACCAGGCAAAGCCCUCAGACCCUGAGGCGAAGCCGGGUGACCACCUCACUUGAGGCUUUGCCCACGGGGACAGAGCUGACGGACAAGAAUGGGCAGCACUGGAAGCUGGGGACCCUCCAGACGAGGAAUGACCAGGGCAUUCUCUAUGAAGCUGAACCUACCUCUGCCCUUGCCUGUGGAUCAAAGCCCUGUAAAAACAGAUUCUCACUCAAACUGGAUGCCAAGGAUGGGCGCCUGUUCAACGAGCAGAACUUCUUCCAACGGGCCGCCAAGCCUCUGCAAGUGACCAAGUGGAAGAAGCUGCACUCAGCGCCCCUCCUGGCUAUCCCCACCUGUGUUGGUUUUGGCGUUCACCAGGACAAGUACAGGUUCUUGGUGUUCCCCAGACUGGGAAGGAGCCUUCAGUCAGUCCUGGAUGAGAACCCGAAGCAUGUGAUUUCAGAGAAGUGUGUGCUCCAGGUGGCCUGCCGGCUGCUGGAUGCACUGGAGUUUCUCCAUGAAAAUGAGUAUGUUCAUGGAAAUCUGACUGCCGAGAAUAUCUUUGUGAAUCCAGGAGAUCUAAGCCAGGUGACUCUGGUGGGCUACGGCUUUGCCUUCCGCUACUGCCCAAGUGGCAAACACGUGGCCUACUCAGAAGGCAGCAGGAGCCCACAUGAUGGGGACCUUGAGUUCAUCAGCAUGGACCUACAUAAGGGAUGCGGGCCCUCCCGCCGCAGUGACCUCCAGUCCCUGGGGUACUGUAUGCUGAAGUGGCUCUACGGACUCCUGCCAUGGACAAACUGCCUUCCCAACACCGAGGCUAUCAUGAAGCAGAAACAGAAGCACGCUGGGAACCUGAGCAGGUGGGCCCAGGCCCUGGCUCAGCAUCCAGCACCAGCCACCCAGGGUCCAUGCCACCAGCGUCAAUGCCUCCCUCUCCUCUGCUUACAAAACCUCAGGUCUUGCCAGUUGUACUUCAGACAUUCAGCACCAAGGACAGGAGAAAUGUUGGGCUUGGGAGAAGUGUUAUGUGCAGCGGGACCCAGGGGAAGAGCUGCCCUCCGGGGUACAGGGUCAGCACCAAGGGCAGCAGGAAGGUGGACUGGGAAGACUGCUGCAGUGUGUGGCUCAGUACCAAGGACGAUGGGGAGCUGGCUGCAGGGAAGCCCUGAGGUCCCAAGAUUGGAUUCAGGAUCUGGUGUAGACUGGGAGGGUGACCCUUGCCAAGGAGGCAUCCAACAGGCUGCCUGGGAGGCAGCUGCUGUGCCCGUCUGAAGUGCAGGAGGGAAGUCAAAGUGGAAAUACAGACCUGGGGCUCUUGGGAAAUGUCUGCCAGAGCCCCAGCAGAAGAUGAGGUUAUCUGGGAAAGCCCACUCGGCAGGAAGAGGACGAGCUGUCCAGUGAGCACAUGGUGGCAGUUUCUGGUUCUUACACACUGGGUCCCUGGUGUGUGUCAAGCCUUGCUCUCAUUUUACUUUACCCCUUUUACAUUUCCUGUCUCCUUACUGUGGGUAGCCAUUCGGACACACUUGAUGUAUGUUCUGUUGAUGUG